AUGAUCCUGCUCUGUACUGUGGAGGACACUGUGUUACAAUCGGUGAGCCAGGUGGGUGGAGGUGUGUGCCGGCUGUCCACAGAAGCAUCCACUCGCCGCUGCCGCACGCCUGAUUCCAAAGUGUGCAGUGGGAGAGGCACAUGUGACUGUGGCAUCUGCAUCUGCCAAGCCACUGAUCCAGGGAAGUUUUAUGGGCCUCGCUGUGAAUGCCAUGACUGGGUCUGUGCCAUACACGAUGGGAAAACCUGUAAUGCCUUGGACACGGUCGUGUGGUUUCCCGUGAGAUCCAACUCAAAAUUUUUCCUUUCACUGCUGCCAAUUGAUGGAGGAAAGCUACAGCAGGAGGAUCCAACCGCUGCUAUAGAAAAGAGGAGGGAAGUCGUAAUCCGAGGCCUAAUUGAAUACAUGGGGGAGAAGCCAGGAGACUUGAUUUCAGAUCUACAGAGUCUGGAGGAAACUGAAGACACUCGGCAGAAUAUCGCCUAUCCAGUGAAGAUUGUCAAAGUUGACCGAGGCUACUGCCACUGUGGGACGUGUGAGUGUGAUGAAGGCUGGUUCGGUGAGGCCUGCCAGUUCCAGGAAGACUGCAUCCUCUCAGGCAAGAAAAGCAGAGAGCUAUGUAGAAAUCCACAAGGCGUCGUCUGCUCCAACAAAGGCACUUGUAACUGUGGUAGCUGCCUGUGUCACAACAAGGACAGCAGAGGCCUAAUAACGGGACAGUUCUGUGAAUGUGACGACAGCGAGUGUUUGGAUGAGGACAGUGGAGAGGUGUGUGGAGGCCAUGGCCAGUGUUACUGUGGAAACUGCUUCUGUGCUGCCGGUUGGCAUGGAGACAAAUGUGAAUUCCAGUGCGACAUGAGCCCAUGGGAAAGCAAACGGAGAUGUACAUCUCCAGAUGGCAAAAUCUGCAGCAACAGAGGUACGUGUGUAUGCGGGGAGUGUAAUUGUCACGACGUGGACCCCUCUGGAGACUGGGGGGACAUCCACGGCAACACAUGUGAAUGUGACGAGAGAAACUGCCUCUCUACAUAUGACAGGUACACGGAUGACUUCUGCUCAGGUCAUGGCCAGUGUAACUGUGGCAGAUGUGACUGCAAAGAGGGUUGGGCAGGGUACAAGUGUGAGCACCCGCUCUCCUGCUCUCUGUCCACAGAGAGCAGCCUGAAGAAGUGUCGAGGAACGUCCAAUCUGCCUUGCUUCGGCCGAGGCCAGUGCCUGUGUGGUCAGUGUACGUGCCACCCUCCAGGGGACAGUCGAGUUCAUGGUAAAAACUGUGAAUGUGAUGACCGGCAGUGUGAGGACCUGAGCGGAGACGUCUGUGCAGGUCAUGGCUAUUGUUCAUGUGGCCGCUGCAUCUGUCAGGACGGCUGGUUUGGGAAGCAGUGCCAGUUGGCCAGGGCUUGUGACAUGAGUGAUGACCAGAGUAAGGAGCUGUGUGAGACUUCUGAUGGGGUUGUUUGCAAUGGAAAAGGUUCCUGUCACUGUGGCCAAUGCAUUUGCUCUCCUCAAGAGUGGUGGGUGUCUGGCGAGUACUGCGAGUGCGACGACAGGGACUGUGACAAACAUGAUGGUCUUAUCUGCACAGGGAAUGGACUGUGCAACUGCGGCAGCUGUGAGUGCUGGGACGGCUGGACAGGGAAUGCAUGUGAGAUCUGGGUGGGGGCCGAGUACUGA